AGUAUCUUGGCUACGGAGAGCGCCCAGCGGUUGGUCCAGAGAUUCCCAGCCAUGUCGAUCGAUGCAUAUGACAAGUAUUUCAAGGAGGGUCGGAAGAUUGUGACGGUGAAAGAUGUGGAACCUGAGAAGUUUAUUUCCGCCUUCUCUCAGCACUUGAAACGUCAAGGUCGCUUUGAACUUCCGAAGUGGGCAGACGUGGUGAAAACCAGCAAGGCCAGGGAGUUGCCACCUUCAGACCCUGACUGGCUCUACGUCCGAACCGCUUCGAUGGUGAGAAAGAUCUACAUCCGCAAGGGCAUGGGUGUGGGAGCCUUCCGAAAGGUGUAUGGCAGCCAGCAACGACGAGGCACUUGCACCAAUGUCUUUACGAAAUCCUCUGGAAAGAUUGCCCGAUAUAUCCUCCAACAGUUGGAGGAGAUGGGCCUGGUGGAGCAGGACGAAGAGGGUGGCCGCAUGAUCACCAAGGAGGGCCAGCGUGAGCUGGACACUGUGGCCGUCCAGGCCGCUGAAGAGGAGGCAGAUGAGGAGGACUGAGAAGAUCGAGGAGGAGCAUCAAAAGCGAUGCACGGAGCGUUCGGGCAAAAGGUGAACAGUGCGCAGCAGGGGAUGUGUGUGUGUGUGUGUCAGAUGUCUAGACAAGCCAAGACGCUAAGCAUUCAGAAGCACCACUCAACUCCACAACAAAGGCUCGGCAGGUGGUGC